AUGGCCCCCCAACUAGGUCCCAAAACAACAGGCACCGAGCUGGUCGCCGAGUACGCCGAACACAUCAGGGGCAAGACCAUCCUCGUCACCGGCGUCUCCCCGGGCGGCCUCGGCGCCACCUUUGCCGAGAAGACCGCCGCCGCCGCGCCGGCCCUCCUCAUCCUCGCCGGCCGCAACACGACAAAGACCCAGCAGACGGCCGACACCAUCGCGGCGGCGCACCCCGAAGUCGACGUCAAGACGCUCGAGCUCGACCUGGGGUCCUUCCGGAGCGUGCGCAGGGCUGCAGAGACGGUGAACGGGUGGGCGGGCGUUCCCAAGAUUGACGUCUUGGUGAACAACGCGGGGAUCAUGGCGACGCCGUGGGGGAAGACGGAGGACGGGUUCGAGAGCCAGUUCGGGACGAACCACCUGGGCCCGUUCCUGUUUACGAACCUCGUGAUGGGAAAGGUGCUGGCCGCCGAGGCGCCGAGGGUCGUGACGGUCAGCAGUGACGGGCAUCGGCUGGGACACAUCCGGUGGACCGACUACAACUUCAACGACGGCAAGCAUUACAACGAGUGGCACGCCUACGGGCAGUCCAAGACGGCUAACUGCCUCAUGGCCAUUUCGCUGGCGGAGAAGCUAGGCGGCAAGGGCUUGUUGAGCCUCAGCCUCCACCCAGGCGUCAUCUUUACGAACUUGUCGAACCACCUGGAAAACUUCGAAGCAUGUCGCGCCCAAGACAUCAACAUGGGGACUAAGUUCAUGUGGACCGACUUCGACCCCAAGACGGAGGACCAAGGCGUUGCGACACAUGUCUAUACCGCUUUCAGCCCGGACCUCGAGGAGCUGGCAGAGUUCAACGGCCAAUUCUUCAACGACUGCCGCGUAGCGGACCAGUACAAGGAGGAGGUUUACCCCUGGGCGACCAACAAGAUCGAGGCCGACAAGCUGUGGACGCUGAGCGAGAAGCUUGUCGGGCAAAAGUUCAGCUACUGA